CAAGGAAAAAAAUUCCAAUACUCCUUUCAAGGGCAUUAACCGGAAAUUUCUUCAGAGAAAAUAGAAGGAAAAACCCCAAAAUUCAUUCAAAAUAAUAAAAAAAAUCAACUCCAAAAUUACAAUUUUGGCCAAGGCAAGAAAUUAAAAAAAAAACAACAAAUUUUUGUCAAAAAAAAAAAAACCAAAAUCUUCCGCGAAAGGAAAAAGUUUUGAAAAAAAAAAUCACCCUCUGAACAUUUUGUGUGCAAAGCAAAAAAAAAAAAAACAAAAACAAAUUCAUAAAAUUAUUAUAAUUAUCAUCAGAAAAAACCAAAAUAUAUUCUAAGAUAUUAAUUAUUAAAAAAAACACACACACACAAAUUAUGAUAUAAAUGAAUGUCUCAUAAAUUAAAAAAACAAAACCAAAACAAAACAUUUUACUGCAUUAAAAUUAACAAAAACAAAAAAUAAAAAUUAAAUAAAAAAACAAUCCCCAUUUAAAACAAAAAAAGGAGAACUCAACACUUCGAAAAAAAAAAAGAUAUUCAAAAUUUUCUUUUUUGGCCCAUUAUCUAAACCCCCAAAAAAACCAACAAACAAUCGUCCAUUGCUGUUAACUACUUCCGUGGGCACACGCAGUAUCAACUCUGAAAAUUCGGAAAAAAAAUACAACACUGCAACUUUUGGCUCCAAAAACAAAUUUUCAACAAAGCCAAGGACAACUUCAAACAAAAGCGAAAUUAAACAAGAACAACUGUGGAAAUUAUCAUUCUUGGCCUGAAAUUUCGAAAACAAAAAUAAAAGGAAAAGAAAUCGUAAUUUCUUUCGGAUCAAUGGCAAAAGGAUAAAUUUUAGAAAGAGUUGAUAUCUGAAAUACCCUUUCAGGAGUACCAAAAAAAAUUAACAGCAAUUGAACGAUUAGCUGAGAGAGAGAGAAAACCAGAGAACACAAUUUUUGUCUGAAACCCCAAAACAAUUUCAACAAAAUCCCAUUUUGGUAAAAAAAAAUAAAUUUUAAAUAAAUAAUAAUUUAAACAAAGAAAGAGAAGAAGUAAUAAUAAUACAAACAACCCAAGAAGAAAGGAAUAAUACAAAAACAAAGAGAAAACCAAUACAAAAGAAUCCCAAAACAGAAAACGGAAAACAAGAGAACAAGUUUUUUAUUAAAAGAGUAAAACCAAGCAUAAACCCCUACAAGGAAACAAAAACAACAACUGUAACAAGAGAAGUAGUUCGAAAAGAGAUAGAAAGAGUAAAGAACAAAAUAACAACACCACAAAAGUGAUAGAAAUCAAAAGCCUAAUUCCACAUUGAGUUCAAGCAGCGAAAUUCAACGAACAUCAUCAUGAAUUUAAGUGGUUAUCACAGAAACUCUCUCUAAAGAGAGAGAGAGAUAGAGAGAGAGAAAGAAAAAAGAGAGAGUUGCAAUAAUUCAAAAAAAGACACAAAGAGUCGUAGCGAAAAAAACAUCAUAUCUCAUUACAUUAUUUAGCUAAGACUUAAACCAAAAACACCAAACACUCAACAAUCAAACACCCACCCACCCACAAGAAUAGCAACAACAACAACAGCAGCAGCAACAAAAUGGCAAUAAAUUUCUCCGCCUCAUUUGCCGCCUGCAUAGCUGCCGGCCUCAAAGUGCCACGCCAGAUUAUGUACUGCAUCACCCAGGACACGGGCCAGCCGUAUGUCCUCUACAAAGAUUCACAGGAAGCCGAACGAAAUGCAGCCGCCAUUGGCGGUACCCCAACCCAAUGGGGCACAGAAAUGUAUCCCGGCAUCCAGCAACAACAUUUAAGUGCACAACAACAAAAUGCCAUAACGGCAAAUGGUCAAGCGGCCGCCUCAAAUGGUCCAACGUCACAUUCGCCCAACGGCGAUCCACAUGGCCGUGAAAAUGGUGGCGAUGGUGCGGGUGGAGCUGGUGGUGGAGUGCGGCAACAGGGCUCACCGUCGACCAGUCCGUACCCGCCUCAACAGCAGCAGCAACAACAACAGCAGCAGCGGACAAAUGGAACCAAUGAUGAUGAUGUGAAUAUGAAUCAGGUCAAUGGUUUACAAAAUCAACAGCCAAAUUCCAAUCCACAAUCAAAUCCAAACCAAAGCUCAAACGAUCCCCAACAGCAACAGCAGCAGCAUCAACAGCAACAUAAUGCCAAUGCAGCCUCUGCGACAGACAAUAAUCCGGCGGGGAAUAAUCCACAGCACGUCCAACAGAAUGGUCAGCCCAAUGAUCAUGCCAACAAUGGCUUUCCGGGCUCACAAAACGGCGAAUUGUCCAGCUAUUAUGCGCCACGACAUCCUGGCGCCCAAGGUGGUCUGAUGGCACCACCCGGUUUCCCACCUCUGCAUUAUCUAAAUAAACCUGUUCUGCCGGGUUUGAAUGGAGCCAUGGAUCAGGGUGCCGCUAACGGUCCCACAAAUGGCCUGGAAGCCUAUGCCCUGCCCGAACUGUUGCCAGGACAAAAUGGCACUGCCAAUGGCAAUAAUCAGCAAAACGGCAGCGGGCACAGUGGCAAUACCACGUCAAAUGGCACUGGGGGUAGUGGACGACAGAAUUCCUCGGGCAGCCACAAACCGACCAAGCCACACAGUGAUCUGCGGCUGUUCAAAUGUCUUACCUGCGGAAAAGAUUUCAAACAGAAAAGUACACUGCUGCAGCACGAUCGCAUACACACCGACGCCCGGCCGUAUCCCUGUUCGGAGUGUGGCAAACGCUUCCGCCAGCAGUCGCAUCUGACCCAGCAUCUGCGCAUCCAUGCCAACGAGAAGCCCUUCACCUGCGGCUACUGCAAUCGAGGCUUUCGCCAGCGGGCAAUACUCAAUCAGCAUGUUCGCAUCCAUUCGGGUGAGAAGCCCUUUGCGUGUCCCGAGUGCGGCAAGCACUUUCGCCAGAAGGCCAUCCUUAAUCAACAUGUGCGAACCCACCAAGAUGUUUCACCACAUCUCAUAUUCAAAAAUGGACCACAUCCGACCCUGUGGCCCCAGGAUGUACCCUAUCCGGGCGAUGAGACUGAUACCAAGAAUGGCAUUGCCAAUGAUGGUUACAAUGACGAUGAUUCACAGAAUGGUCAAGAUGGAGGUAUACAUUAUCCCGCCUACUUUAAGGAUGGUAAAGGACAAAAAAUCUUACCCGAUGUCCUGUCACACAUUGGUAUCCGUCCGGCAAAUAUGCCGCUGUAUGUUCGCUGUCCGAUCUGCGACAAGGAGUUCAAACAGAAAACAACUCUCUUGCAGCAUGGUUGCAUACAUAUCGAAUCACGUCCCUAUCCAUGUCCCGAAUGUGGUAAACGUUUCCGCCAACAGUCACAUUUGACCCAGCAUUUGCGCAUACACACGAAUGAGAAGCCAUUUGGCUGUUUGUACUGUCCGCGUUUCUUCCGUCAGAGAACUAUUUUGAAUCAGCACGUCCGCAUCCAUACCGGCGAGAAGCCCUACAAAUGUGGCCAAUGUGGCAAAGAUUUCCGCCAGAAGGCGAUACUGGAUCAGCACACAAGAACGCACCAGGUAGGUGACCGUCCCUUCUGCUGUCCCAUGCCCAACUGUCGAAGACGUUUCGCCACCGAAAACGAGGUUACCAAACACAUUGACAACCACAUGAAUCCGACAACCAAACGCAGCCGCCAGGCCAAUAAUACCGCCAACAGCAAUAACAACAAUAAUAACAACAACAACAAUUCACAUGCAGCAGCUGCCGUGGCAUCGGUGGCCGCUGCAGCGGCAGCAAAUCAUUUAAUCAAUGAAACCAAAAAUGCAGCUGCUCAACAGUUUCUGAACAACAACAAUCCAGCGGGUGACAAUAAGAAUAACAUACUGCCGCGUGGUAUGGGUGGCGGCGGCGGUGGGGGUGGUGGAGGUCCAAAUCCCGGAUCACAGGUGAAAAAUGAGCUGUAUUUCCCCCAGUGUUAUGGACCACCAUUCCAGCAUCCAUUUCAAACGCAACAACCAACGGCGGCCCACAACAAUGGACAACCGGCUGUAUCGGUAAGUGUGGCCAAUUCGGUGGCACCCGGAGUGGUUGGGCAACAGAAUGCCCCAACAUCGGUGGUUGUGGCCCAGUGACAUCCCACCACAACAACGGCAGCAGCGGCGGCGAGCCAACAAUCCACAGCUGUUUCGGGGGCAAGUGGCACGGCACCGCCAAGUAAUUCACAUGGCCCUCACCAGCAGCAACAGAUAUCGCAACAUGCCAAUACGGCAGCGGCAGCAGCCGCAGCGGCCCACAGUCAAACUCCGCAGACGGUGACACUGUCCAUAACCCUGCCGCCGGUGGGGGCAUUACCACCCUCGGCUGCGGCAGCCGCAGCAGCAGCGGCAGCCCAUCAUCACCAGCAACAGGGUGGGCAUGUGGUCAACACCUCGCAUGCCCAUAGUCAGCCACCGGCAGCGCCACCGCCACCAACUUCGGGUCCACCGCCAACCCUGUCACAUGCAAUACCCAUACAUCCUCAUAUACACUCAAUAUUCGGAUCUCUAUGAUAAUAUCAGCAAUAACAGCCAACACAAUAACAGCAACAACUAUCAGAACCACAAUCACAGCAUUAUCAGCAACAAACACAAUAACAAGAACUGCAACUACCACCCACACAAACUUAUGUAUACAAAUAACAAUAACAGCAACAACAACAAAAACAA